AUGGCUAAGCCUAUGGACAUCAUAAAUAGAUCACGAACUUCAGAAGAGUCGUUAUUGGGGUGGAUAGCUUGCGGUAAACUUAAAGAAAGCGAAAUUACUCAGGAAAGAUAUUGUUUUCUAACUAAAAAUGAUUCGUUACAAGAUACACUAAAACUGUUUUUUGAUUUGGAGGGGCUUGGGAUUAAAGACGAUCCAAUUUUACAAGAGAAUGAUCAGGCCAUGAAAAUAUUUAAUGAAACUGUUGAAUUCAAAGACGGUCGUUACAUAGUGCAACUUCCAUUUAGAAAAGACUAUAAUGAACUUGCUGAUAAUUAUUCUUUAGCGAAACAACGUUUCCGAAGCUUAUGGAAAAGAUUUACGCAUGACCCGGAUCUCUAUGAUAGAUACCGUGAAAUUAUACAGGAUUAUACAAGUCAAGGCAUUAUAGAAAUAGUUAAACCUGAUAGUAUACAGGAUGAAUGUGAAAGACCUAUAUUUUAUUUACCCCAUAUGGCCGUUAAAAAAGAAAGUUUAACAACAUCGUUAAGAAUUGUGUUUGACGCUGCGGCGCACGAGGUCAAUGAACUCUCUCUCAAUGACUGUUUGUGGCCAGGGCCCAAUUUAAACCCCAAUCUUUUGGAUGUACUUAUUGAAUUUAGACUCAACCGAACAGCUUUCUGUUCUGAUGUGAAGCAGGCUUUCCUUCAAAUAGGUCUUGCUGAGGUACACAAAGACGCAGUAAGAUUCUUUUGGAGCAAUGAUGAACCAAGUGUUUCUAAAGAUCCCAAAUUAAUUAUCUUCCAUUUUAAUAGAGUGAACUUUGGAGUUAACUCAAGUCCAUUUCUACUCGCUGCUACUAUCAGGCACCAUAUCAAAAAAUAUGAAAAUGAUCUUCCUGUUAUCGUUCAACUUCUAGAUAGAAAUCUUUAUGUGGAUGAUUUUAUUUCCGGUAGCAAUGAUUUUGAUGAAGCAUUAGAAAUAUCUAGAGAUGCAAAUAAAAUAAUAGAAGCUGCUGGAAUGACUCUAAGGAAGUGGAUAACUAAUGAUGCUGAUUUGAUGGAGCAGUGGAAGAAUGAGGGACUAGAUACUCAUCCUGCAAACGCUAGUGUUAGUCUGGGCUCCAAUCAGACUAAAGUGUUGGGACUUUUAUGGAACACCAGUGAAGAUUAUUUUUCUGUAGAUACCAGAAGUCUCCUAAAAUUCGUCUCCUCAAGCAAAAGUACAAAACGUUCGAUACUCCAGGCUAUAGGGAAGAUAUUUGACCCUUUAGGGUUAAUUUCAUGCUUCACCAUACGAAUGAAAUGUCUGAUCCAAGAACUGUGGAGUGAAAAAAUUCCUUGGGAUGAAUCCUUGCCACCGAAAAUAGAGAAAGAGUGGAUAAAAUGGUGUGAAGAGAUACCUUUUUUGGAAAAUCUUAAGAUACCUAGACUGGUUCUUAAUUCUAUAUCCAAAGAGGAUAUCGUCGAGAUUCAUAGUUUUUGUGACGCCAGUAAGAACGCAUACGGUGCUACAGUAUAUUUGAAAGUUUACACACCAAAUGGACCGAUUGUUAGACUUUUGACUUCUAAAAGCCGAGUAGCUCCUUUGAAUAGUGUGACUCUGCCUAGACUGGAAUUGCUGGGAGCUCUAGUUGCAGCUCGCUUGACAUCCAAAGUGAAAAAGAUUGUGAAUCUGAAAAGGUCUUCAAUUGCAUAUCAUUGGACUGACUCUAAAAUUGCGCUCUACUGGAUAAAGGGAAAGACAACUCGUUGGAAACAAUUCGUUGCUAAUCGAGUUAAAGAAAUAGCCACUUUGACAGAUCCAAACUCCUGGCACCAUUGUGCAGGUACAGAUAAUCCUGCAGAUAUUCUCUCUCGUGGAAUUAGUGCUGAAUGUUUGGUUGAUAGUUCCAGGUGGUGGACAGGUGCUGAAUUUUUGAUGGAAUCUGAUUUUCAAGAAACUUUAGAACAAUCAUUUCCUGAUAUAGAAUCCCUUGCAGAAGGUGAAAAAGAAACAAUUCUCCGAGAAGCAAAAACUGUUUCCUCAACCGAGAGUACGGAAGAGACUGUUUUGCUAACUGAUGAUUCACAGACCCUGAUUGAUAAACUUUUAGAACUCUCAAAUAAUUAUUAUAAAAUUAAUCAUAUUUUAUGUUAUAUUUGCAGAUUUCUUCAUAAUUGUAAACAUAAGGAUAAGAAAAUGGGACCCUUGACAGUUGACGAGGUAAAGUAUUCUGAAAGUAUCCUGAUUAAGCAUUCUCAGAAGACACUGGUAAAUAAGAACAAUUUUUCUCGCAAUAUUUCUAGCUUAAAUCCCUUUGUAGAUGGGGACGGUUUAAUACGAGUAGGUGGAAGGCUCGAUAAUGCUUCAGUACCCUUUGAUCAAAAGCAUCAGAUAAUCUUACCGAAAAAGUCCAAAUUAAGUAAAAUUUACUUCGAUAGUUUACACAGGAAAUUACUUCAUAUUGGCCCUCAAGGUUUGUUAAGUGCAGUUAGGCUAAAAUUUUGGCCUUUAGGAGGUCGUAAUCUUGCACGUCAAACUGUACAUCAAUGUGUAACAUGUUUCAAAUCUAAGCCCUUCCUUUCCACUCAAAUUAUGGGUAAUUUACCAAGUGAAAGAGUCAACAUGUCACCCCCAUUUUCCGUCACAGGUGUAGACCUGUGCGGCCCUUUUGCUGUUAAAUAUAAACAUCAACGUAAGGGUACUCUCAACAAAGUAUAUAUUUGUAUUUUUAUUUGUUUUUCUACAAAAGCCAUCCAUCUUGAACAGCUGACUGAUUUGACUUCCGAUUCGAUGAUUGCCACAUUGAAACGAUUUACGAGUAGACGCGGAAAAUGCUCCAAAAUCUAUACUGAUAAUGCCACUAAUUUUGUUGGAGCUAAUUCUCAAUUAAAAAAGUUUUAUGGAUUAAUUAAUUUUCCAGAUCAGAUUUUGGCUAAUUAUUUUACCUCUGAAGGCAUAGAAUGGAAUUUUAUUCCACCAAAAUCACCCCAUUUUGGUGGUCUUUGGGAGGCGGGUGUAAAAUCAGUAAAACAUCAUCUUAAAAGAGCAGUUGGAAAAUUUCAUUUCACUUACGAAGAGAUGGAAACAAUAGUUAUUCAAAUCGAAGGAAUUCUGAAUAGUCGCCCCCUUUGCCCCUUAAGCGGUGAUAAUGACAGUUUUGAUGUUUUAACACCAGGUCAUUUCCUAAUAGGGAGGCCUAUAACAUCAAUUGUCGAACCAAAUUUAACUGAUCUCAAUGAUAAUCGUCUAAGUCGGUGGCAGAAAACUACAAAAGUUGUACAACUUAUAUGGGAAAAAUGGAAGUCGGAUUACUUAAAUACAUUACAAGCUAGAUCAAAAUGGAUGGUAACAAAAAAUGAUUUAAAGAUAGGACAGAUGGUACUUGUAAAAGAAGAUUUCUUGCCUUUAAAUACCUGGAUUUUAGGCCGAAUAAUUUAUGUUUAUCAUGGUUCGGAUAAUAAAGUGCGUGUAGUAAAAAUUCGCACAAAAUCUGGGGUAUUUAAAAGAGCUGUUUCUAAAAUAGCUGUCUUGCCUAUCGAUACGUAA